GCCAUGCAGUUUCAGUAAAUGUAGUAGUAAAAAAAAAGCUUGUAGUGAAUUACUAUUUGUUAACAAAACGUUUUUGUGAAAGAGGGAGCAACAAUGGCAGACUGGAAUCGUUUUUGUUGGUUACUGUUUAGCCUACUUUUAACUGGACACAUCUACAUGGACACAGAUGUUUCUGUCACGGUUCUUCCCAGUGAUGCCUCUGAGCUGGAAGUCUGGCACUUGGACAAUUCUGGAAAUUCCAGCACUCCAGGUGAUAACAUGGCAGACAGCUCGGUAUCGCCUUCCAGAUCUGGAGAGCUUACAGGUGCUCUGUCUCGAAUGAAACGAGGCAUCCUGUUUCCAAGCGGAGUCAAGCUGUGCUCUCAAGAGACAGUAAAGCAAGCGCUACAGAACCACCUGGACUAUUUUCACCUGAGAGUGUGUCAGGAGACAGUCUGGGAGGCAUUUAAGAUCUUCUGGGACAGGCUUCCUAAAAGAGAUGAGUACCAGCUGUGGAUUGACAGAUGCCAGAAUGGCAGUAUUAGCGUCUUCGAUAUUGGUUUGAGUUUCAGUCAGUCACCAGAGCAUCUCACCAUCAUCACCAAUAGGGUACAAAUGGCUUCAGCAAUGGGCCAACAGACUACAACUGAUCCUACAAACAUGGAUAGCACCUCAACUCAUGAAAUUCACAGUGAGCCUUCCCUACUAAUAGAAUUAACAGAUACAACAGCAAGGACUACACGUACUUCACCUGAAGCUAGAAUAUCCUCAGAAGAACCUUUGAUGACUCUGACUGAAGUGAUAGCAACAACAAAACACUCUACAGAUUCUUUGAUAAAAGUUAUAGCAUCCACACAAAUAUCUACAGAUACUUCAAAUGUAGCUAUGGUUACCACAGCUGAGUCUUUGAAUACUAAAAAAGAAGCAAUAUUAACCACACAACAGUCUAUGAAUACUGCAACCGAAGCAAUAGCAACUGCAGCACCAUCUCCAACAUUAGUUAUCAAAGAACCACUGUCUAUGGACACCCUAACAAAAGAGUUUUUACCCACAAAACAGUCUAUGGAUUUUCCAACGGAAGCAACAGAACAGUUUACGCUGUCUCCAGAAGGAGUCAUAGCAACCACACACCAACCUAGGUUUACAAUAACCAAAGGAGAGUCUAUAAAAACUCCAACUGAAGACAUAGCAGCCUCAGAUCAGUCUAUGACUCUUGCACCAGAAAAAAUAAUAACUGCACAACAAUCUACGGUUACACCAAAAGAAGCAAUUGCAACAUCAGAAAAUUUUAUAGAUACACCGACACAAACCAUAACAGAUGCAGAGAGGGCUACAGAUAUUGCGACAAAAGUAAUAGCAACUGUUAAACAGUUCAUGGUUACUCCAAACAAAACUACAGUCUCAACAGCACAGUGUUGUACAGACACAGAGCUGGAGGUCGCUGUAGAGGUCAGUGCUAAACCUUCUUCUCUGACAGAAGCUACAGGUCAGGCAACUGAGCAGAUAAGUCCAGAGACUGAAUUAGCGACAGCUUAUAAUGCCCCUGAAGUACCACUGAGUACUACUGCAACUGUCUUAGAGGAUGGUAAGAAUGGCAUUACUGUAGAAGGUUCUGUUGAUUCUGGUUUAGUGAGGACCCUGGUGCACACAGAAAAAAGUGAUGAUCAUAGUGGUGGACCAGUAUUACAGUCUUCAACCAGCCCUACUCAAGACACCACCUAUGAACACAAUAAACAUGAGCAACCAGAAAUGGAGGCAUCAGAAAACAACCUACCAGGAUACUCUCUAGAUACAUCUCUUGGUAAACCAACAUCUCCUGGUCAUGAAGGUGCUUCAGGUGAAGUUACAUCUGGGUAUGGUAUAAUAGAAGAGGUAUCUGGUACUUCUAAAAAUUCCUCUAAAAUUGCCAGUAAUAAGGAUUCAUCACAGAGGAUAGAAAAUGGAGCACUUGUAACCACUGACCAGGUUAGUAAUGAUUUUGAAGAUAUCAGAUCAAAGAUGGAUGGUGAGGUCACUGAAAUCAUUGUUUCUAAAGAAAAGGAAACCUUUGCAGGGGCAGGCUUACUUGAAGCCCCUACAGAUGAACUGUCCUUAAAGGAGAAUACAUCUGUAGCUGAAGUUCCAUUUAAAGAUACAGUACAGGUUACCCCUGAGUUACCUAAAGAGGCUGCAAAUGAUCAACCAGACAUUUCAGGUGAUGAGAUGCUUGUGGGUAUAACAGAAGAUGCAACAGAAGCACAAUCAGAAAUGACUGUCGAUACUGUAGCCUAUGAGUUGCCACCCAACUCUACAGCUGCUGAUGGUGACAAAACUGAAUCAGCCAGUGUGGUGGAGCCACCCAGGGUUACAGUUGUCACUGAAGAUUACAUAUCUGCAACCCAUACCAUGAGAACUGACAUAAAAGAAAAAACAGCUGAAGAGAAUUUGCUUGAAUCUUCAAUUGGAUGGAAGCCGACUGAGGUUCUUAAGGCCACUAUGUCAACUGUACCUGAAAUUACUGUGCUGGGUGGUGUAAGUAAUGACAUGCCCACCGACACAGAGGUGCUUGAAGACAUAGCAUUGGAUGUACGUAAAACUGCAUCACCUGCUGAAGUUCCUGAAAUUACAAUUUCAGAUUACAAAAUUACAACUUUACCUAAAACUGAAAAAGAAGAAUUAGAAAAAGAAGAAUACACACAUGCACCAUUAGUUGAAGUUGAGAAAUCGACAAUUGGCCAAAAAGAACUGACAACCACCAUGCAGCAAAACAGUGUUUCAUCCACGGUACAAGCAUCCAGACAGAUCUCCAAUAACAACAUAGAUGAAGGGAACAUGAUUGGCAAUGAAGUAGACAAUAUUUUGGCACACUCUGAAGGACCAGUAAUGGAGCGAGUGGUGGAGCUGAGCAUUAAGCUCAGAGGAGAGACGUACGACGAUGCUCUGAGAGAUCAAUCAAGCUUGCUCUACCAGGAUCUAUCUGGACAGUUCAUCAAAAAGGUUGAAGAUGCCUAUAAAAAUCUUCCAGGCUUCAAGAGGGUGUUUAUUCAUGAAUUCAGGCCACAAAAAGACAUCCAAGGAGGACUUGCAGUGGUGGUCCAUUAUGCCAUUGUCCUCGAAGGAGACGUAGCAGGCAUUAUCAACGAGACUAUGACCGAUAUCACCCUACAGUCCAACCAGGUGGAGAACUUCCACACCAAUCAGGAGGAGCUGCCCACAGUUGUCUACACUGUCACUGACUUACGCAAUUACAUCAAUCAGGCUUUAAACAAAAAGAGCCACGGGAACAAUGGAAACUCCAGUUUGGAAGUGGACCCUGACUCUCUGCAGCUGCAAAACGUGGAGAAACUGCUGCCUGCCAAACCGACCAGCAGACCACUUGUCUCCAAUAACAUGAUGGAAAACGUGCUUGCUGCAGAAAUGCCGCCUGAUAUUCCUGGACUGGAAUUCACCAGUAACCACAAGGAUACGGACAAUCAGACUGACAGCGCUAGUGAAAACGACAUCAUCGUUGUUAGGGACAGUCUAACUACACCAUUUAUAGAGAUCCCACAUAAGACAGUGGCUGUUGAAAUGAUCUUCCAAUCUGUGGAGACCAGCAGAGAUUCUACACUUUUCACAGAGAAUUAUAUAACCUCUGAGGAAAAGGGCUUCCUAAAAACCACAACCCCUGCUAACCCUGUUCCUCUUACUAUGGAUGGAGAUGCCCAUGCUACCGGGUUUGAGGCUAAAAAUACUGAAACAGAAAACUUUUCUGUAAAAUCUCUAGGAGUAGAAGCUUCAGAAGAAGAUGACCUAACAGAUGCAGGAUCUGGAUCUGGCUUCUCCAGUAAUGAUCAAACCUUUUACAAGUGGCCAUGGAUUACUGAACGAACCCUGGUGACCUUAGAGAAAGCUGAAGAAGAAGGCCAGGAAGACCAUGAAAAGCAAAGAGUAGAAGAGCCAAAAGCUGAUAUUCCUGUCCAGCAAAAAAUACCUAAAGUGCCAUCAUUGUACAAUGAUCUUAUAACUCAAAGCAUUAACACUCACCAUCAAGAACAGUCCACAAUGUCUACUUUUACAACCCAGAUGGUGGAGCUUUCAGUGCAGACCAACGAGGCUUCUGAGAUUUCUAAUUACUACUCAGGUGAAGGGCAAGGUAAUCUCUAUCUUUCUACUAAGAGUCCUGGCACAAAAGGAUCAACAGCCCAGGGCCCAGAAGUCAAUCGUACCAACGAGAAUUCCCAUGAUACCACUAGCCCCUCUACCUCAGCAGCUAUGUUGGUAACAGAAGCAUCUACAGCUGUUAAAUCAGAGCACACUACAACAGAAACACUACAACAGGAACUUACAAAAUCUACUAAUGCUCCUGGUUAUAAUGAGCACCUUGCACAUGAAACUGUGACACAGUUGCCAGUGAUCAAUGAGUUUCAGACAUCAAAUGCUAAAGUGGACAUUAUCGAAGACAACACAUAUAAAGUCAGUCAAGCUCCAGUAACAAAAUUCUUAGAUGAAGAACUCACAAAAGAUGAAAUUAUUGUUAUCCCCACACAACCUGCAGCAUUUGUCACUGAAGCACCAAGUGUAAAUGUGUCAACUCUGCGUUCAAUCGAGACUUCUUCCACCAAAAUAUUCGAUUCCACCCUGGUAAAGAACACAUCCCUACUACACUCAACUGUAAAGUCUUUAGCAAGUGACCUGGUAGCACCAGAAGAGAUUACCUCACAGACACCAAGUCCUGUAACCACUCAAGUAACCACUCAAAGCGAUGCUAUCAGACCAAAUGAAAUAAGCACCAAUGAUGAUAAAUUAUCCAUGCUAUCUCACCUUUUCACUACUUUAAUCACUCCCAAAGGCACUGAUAUCUCUGAAGAAGACAACUCAUCUACAACCCUACUCCCAAUCUUUCAAACAACGUCCAAUCUGACAGACACCAUAAUUGAUACCGAUGUCUCCAAAGAUGGUCAUCUACCCAGGAAAGAUCUUAUAUCAACCCCAAGCAUUUCUGAUCUCAACCAUAGCAGCAUAGCACAGACACACAUUCUAAACACCUCCAGCAUAACCAACCUCAGUGUGUCCUUUGACUUUGUCCAGUAUGAUGAUGAGAAUGGCAGCAGACUUACUCACGAAAAUGACAUGGCUAAAGUUGCCAUGACAAUGAGUCCUGGUCGGGCUCUGAUGGUAUUUUUUAGCCUUCGAGUCACCAACAUGCAGUUUUCACAGGAUCUGUUCAACAAGAGCUCCUCUGAAUACAAAACUCUGGAACAACAGUUUUUGGACUUGCUGGUCCCAUACCUUCAGUCCAAUCUUUCCAACUUCCAGCGGCUGGAGAUUCUAAACUUUAGGAACGGUAGCAUUGUGGUGAACAGUAGAAUGAAAUUUGGAAAGCCUGUUCCUCAAAAAGUGACAUCCGCGGUCUACCUUAUUUUAGAGAACUUCUGCAACACAGCUUACCAGAAGAUGAACCUUGCUAUAGACAAGUACUCUCUGGAUGUUGAAUCAGGUGACAGAGCAGACCCGUGUAAGUUCCAAGCGUGUAACGAGUUCUCAAAGUGUACGGUGAACCAGUGGACAGGUGAGGCGGAGUGCCUGUGCGACGCUGGCUACUUCAGCAUGGACGGCCUGCCGUGUCGAAGUAUCUGUGAAAUACAGGAAGACUUUUGCCUUAAUGAUGGCAAAUGUGACAUCAUACCUGGCGAAGGGGCCAUAUGCAGGUGUCGUGUUGGGGAGAAUUGGUGGUAUCGUGGUGAACACUGUGAGGAAUACGUUUCCGAGCCUCUCGUGGUUGGCAUCGCCAUCAGCUCCAUCGCUGGCUUCCUACUCGUCGCCUCAGGAGUCAUCUUCUUCCUGACGAGAGUACUGCGAGAACAAUAUGACAAAGAUGACUCUGAGGAUCCGCUGCGCUAUGAAGACAUGGUUCCAUCUGUGGAAAGAGGAAACAGGUUUGACGCCCCGCUAGGGAGCGACAUGUCCUCUCUCUGUGGCCGUUAUCGGCUGACGUACUUCAACAACGACGAUGAGAUGCGGCAUGUCUACAAGAACCCCCAGCUUACUCAAGAGGAAAUCCCAGAUCGUGUUCGGAUCCUCGAGCUCUCCGCCAAAAACCACCACUUUGCUGAUUUUGCACACCAGCCUCAAGUUUAAGAAUUUCCCAGGAUUACGGGAGUUUUUCUUUUCUAGCAAUAUUCGUUUCCAGGCCGUUGUUUACAUCCAUUUCCACAGAUACCAAAAGAGUCAAGUAUCAUUCUUAGUACAGUAUCAGUUGUAUGUGAAUUGCGAUUGGUUAGAAGGUGUUGUCAGUAUGCUGUUUAUACAGUAUACCGUAUCUUAUGAAUGCGUAUGUUCUAUACACGUUACUGUUUCCGUACAUAGUAGCAGCUCUGUGACUUUAUGUACCUCAUUUGAUUGUAAAUAUUUAUUUCAACCUUUAUUUAUUUGAUGGUUUCCAUGUUUAAUUGUGUAUUUAUGUAUUCAUUAAUGACUGUAGACAAUUUUUCAGGAUCAGGUACUUUUUUUUUUUGGUGCCUUCCUUUUUUUUAUUAUAAUUGUAGCAUGAUAAACAUGUGCAGACAAUUUAAAAAUAAUUUAUGGAUCAGGAUCUGAAGGCUGUUUUUAAAAUGAGGCGUAACAACGAACAAGCAGGAUUGAUGCAUGCGCAUGAGAAUAUUUUGAUUUAAUGCAAAAUUAUCCUGUGUUCAAAUUGUGUAGUUAAAUUUAGAUUGUGGUUUUUAAACAUAUAUAUAUAUAUAAAAAAAAAAAACAUUCACAAUGCAAGCCAGAGGUUUGGAAGCAAAUCAAAUUUUUUAAAAAGAAAAAAGAAAAACCUAAAGAAGCAACGUGUGGAAUAAAUAACAUAAGGAAAAAUCUGUAAGUGUAAGCGAUCGUAGAGUUUUUUAUAAUCCUAUAAUACAUGAAAAGUGCAGAACUGCAAACUGAAGGAAUAUUUUCGGGGAAAGACACUUACACCACAUGUCAAUAAAAGUGUGUUGGGUCGGUCGUUGGCAAAUUGUGAAAUAUUUUCGAAACUAUAAAAGCGGCUAUUCGCUUCCACACUUCUGGCUCAUAUGAUGUGUUUUGCUUGAACACCAAAAAUGUUUAUCUGUCAUCUCUUAGGCUUUAUUUAUAUCUUAUUUAAGUGUAGCGUAAUGUGGUAACGUGCAGGUCCAAUAAAGCCACU